AUGAGUCACAAAGCGCCCGAACCGGCUGUGUUGAUGCCAUCCCGAAAGGCAUCUUAUUCCCGACUUUCCAGAUCUGCAGCAAUCGCCCUCGUAGCGUUAGGUGUUCUGUUCACGGUCAUCUUACCUUCGUCUGGUAUUUAUAGACUGGUCACUGAUCGACUCGUCAAAGGCAAGAACGGGAUCUCAGACAAAUCAUGCGAACAAGCUGAACCUAUACUACCAUCUUUCGAAAUAUACAAUACUUCGACUGUGUGGGAUCACAAAGAUAGAAUCAUCAAAUGGCAUCAGGGCGCUGUCAGAAUUCCUACUCAGGUGUAUGAUGAUAUGGAUUUACCAGAAGUAGAUGAGAGAUGGAAGAUAUUCAAUAAGUUCCAUCAAUAUCUAGAAGAUACAUAUCCGAAUGUCCAUCAACAACUUAAAAGAACUAAAGUCAACACUUAUGGAUUAGUCUACGAAUGGAUAGGCAGUGAUACUUCGCUACAACCAGUUGUGUUGAACGCUCAUCAAGAUGUGGUGCCUGUUUUGCCUGAUACCAGAAACCAAUGGUCCCAUGAUCCCUUCGGAGCUGAGUAUGACGGAGAAUACAUCUGGGGCAGAGGCAGUGAGGAUGACAAAGCAACUCUCACUUCCAUCAUGGCCGCUAUAGAGCUCUUAUUAUCAACAUCAACCUUUCAACCUCGCCGGACAGUCAUACUCGGAUUCGGAUUUGAUGAAGAGAUCGGAGGGCCAAACGGAGCUCCAGCCAUAUCUAAAUGGCUAGAGGAUAAGUACGGUCCUAAUUCUAUGGCCUUAUUAAUUGAUGAAGGUGGUUAUAUCGAUAAAGUGUGGAAUCAAACUUAUGGAUUAAUAGCAACAGCUGAAAAAGGAGCUUUCAAUUUGAAUUUGACCGUAUCGACUUUAGGCGGACAUUCAUCUGUUCCACCUAAACAUACAGGUAUAGGAAUAUUAUCAAAAUUGUUAUCUGAUUUAGAAGAUAAUCCGUUUUCUCCAACUCUAAAGAAAGAUUCACCGAUCUGGGGCUUCCUCAAAUGUGCUUCAAGUUUCACGACUUCAGGUUCAGAUUCCACUUUACCAGAGGAACUGAAGGGGAAAGUUAGGAAAGCUAUCAAAGGUGAUCAAAAGAGCUUUGAGCAGAUACCUGAACUGUUCAUUAAAGAUAAUCUGGGUUUACAAGUCGAUAGCCCCGCUGGUUCAGGAAUGGGUAAUCAUGCUGAAGCAUUGUUGACUACCACACAAGCUAUAGAUGUUAUAUAUGGAGGUGCGAAAAUCAACUCUUUGCCUGAGUUAGUGAGCUCCUCAGUCAACUAUAGGAUUGACGUAUCAUCUUCCAUCGAUGCUACCAAAAGUCAUAUCUACUCUAUCAUUGAGAAACGUGCAAAGACGCUUGAUCUGUCUAUUUCAGGUUUCGGUAAAUUCUGGUCUCCUCCUAAUGGUACUUCCAUCAAGGGUCAUGUAUAUCUAGAUUCGGUCUUUGGUCAAGGUUUGAAUCCUGCUCCCAUCAGUCCUUCGUCCAUUGAAUCACCAGCAUGGAGAAUCCUGGCUGGGACAAGUAGAGGUUUAUGGGCCAGUAGGAAAGCAAUCAGUGAAAAUGGAGAAUUAGUUACAAAAGCGGAGGAUCAAUUGAUUAUGACUCCUUUCAUGUCCACAGGAAAUACUGAUACCAAGGCUUACUGGAACCUUACCCGUAACAUAUACAGAUACGAACAUGUUAUGGAAGGUGACAGUCAAGGUGAACAUACUGUCAACGAGCGCAACAAAGCAGAUUCCAUCAUAGAAUAUACCAGAUUCUUCCAGGCCUUGAUCUUGAACGUCGAUGCCAGCGAAGAUUUGUAG